UGCAGCCAGAGGAGGACGGCCCAGCCUGAGGCAGAGGCUAGUGGUCAUAACAGAUGGCGAGGCUCAAGAUGCAGUUAAACGCCCCGCUGAAGAUCUGAGGGCCAAAGGAGUGGUGGUCUACGCCAUUGGAGUGGUGGACGCCAACACCACCCAGCUGCUCGAGAUCAGUGGAUCCCAAGAUAGGAUGUAUGCUGAGAGGGACUUUGAUGCUUUGAGGGACUUGGAGAGUCAAGUGGCUUUGGAGCUCUGUGAUCCGGAGAGAGAAUGCAAGAAGACAGAAAGAGCUGACAUCAUUUUCUUGGUGGACGGCUCCACAAGCAUAACCCUGGAAAAGUUUCGAAGCAUGCAGAAGUUCAUGCAGUCAAUGGUGAACCAAACCACAGUUGGCAAAGACCUGACCCGCUUCGGUGUCAUCCUCUACGCGAAUGAACCCAAGUCUAUUUUCACUCUCAAUCAGUUCAGCUCCAAGCAGGAGGUUUCCCAGGCCAUAAUGGCUCUCAAAUCCCGUAUGGAGACACAGCUGCAGGUGCCUCAGAUCCUCAUGGUAAUUACCGAUGGCGAUGCUACUGACCCACACAGUCUGAAUGAACCAUCUGCGGCUCUGAGAAACAAAGGGGUCACUGUCUUCAGUAUUGGAGUAGAAGGAGCCAACAAGAAACAGCUGGAGGUCAUGGCUGGUCAAGAUAAAGCCAGAGUUUUUUACGUGGAUAACUUUGACGCCCUGGAAAAACUCUACAAAAACAUCACGGAAGUCCUGUGCAACUCCACCAAACCAG